AAGGACUGCAAUAUGGCUAGAGGAAGGGGCGAUAAACGGCAAACACAUCGCCGACAUUCUCGAGAACCGCCGUUAUCAAGGCACGCCCACGUCGCCGCCGGCGACCAUCGAUACCCUCCGAACUCCGGCGACCACCGCUACCCUCCGAACGCCGUCGACCACCGCUACCCUUCGAACGCCGACGUCGUUAUCGAUGAGAGAAUCGCAGCUCAGCAACGAGAGAUUCAAACUCUUCUCGUUGAUAACCAGCGCAUUGCCGCGUCCCAUUUUGCGCUCAGACAGGAGCUCAGCGCCGCCCAGAAGGAUUAUCAUAUGUUGUUGACAGUCGCUUCUGAUGUGCAGAGGGAGAGAGAUACUCAGGUGAGGGAAUUAUAUGAGCGAUCGAUAAUGAUGGAGGCUGAACUCCGAUCGAUGAAUGCUCAUAAAGGGGAGUUGAGUAAUGUUGAGGCUGAAAUUCAGAAACUUAGCUCUGUUAAGCAAGAGUUAACUGAGAAGCUUGAAGCAGUUCAUGGAGAACUUUCUAGGUUACGUGUUCGAUCGGAUUUCAAGGAAAGAGUUGAGAUUAGUGAAGAGAUUGAGGCUGUGCGUCGUGAAAUCUUGCAAGGAAGAUUGGCCAUUGAACAAGAAAAGAAGAACUGUGCUAUUAACCUUAGACAGAGGAACAUAAUGGAGAAACAUAUGUUUUCUGUUGCUAGACAAAUUGUGGAGCUUCAGUCCAAGUUGGCUAAUGCUGAAAAGAGAGCAAGAGAUGCAGCAGCAGCACCUGAUCCUGGAUAUGGUGCAAGCCAUGGUAGCCAUGAAUUAGCAUAUGCUGGGAAUUCUAAUCCUGAUCAAUAUGAGAGACAUCAGUUUCAGAACCCAAGUGGAAACAACCCUAAUAGUGAAGAAGUAUCUUGAGGAGACGAGGUUUGCUAGUGCCAGGCAUGACUUCGAUAACUGCUAACAUUGGGCUGAAUGGCUGAUCGAUUGAACCCGGGCUGGGGUAUAUGCAAAUGCAGUCUUUAAAAUACAUUUUUUUUUUCACUUUUUUAACCUAAAAAAGGUUUCCGACUGUUGAUAUAUAAAUGAGGGUGUUUUUUUGGAGAAAUUUACAAUCUGAAACUGCCAUCUCAGUUUUGAAUUGUUGGAAACUGUGUCUACUUGUUUGAUUGAAAGACGAUAAAACUACAGAAAACAAAAAGGGAAAUCUUCAUCUUGA